AUGGCCGCCCCAAUGGCCCUGAUCAUCCUAGUUCUCUGUUGCUUCCUCAUACCCGGCUUCUUCCACUGGCUCCUCAUGCUCCUACUACGCUUCCUCGGGUUCGGACCGCUCGGCCCAGUCGCUAACUCCUGGGCUGCAUUCUGGCAGUCCUUCUUCGGACCAAUUGCCCGCGGCUCCCUCUUCGCGUUCUUUCAGAGUCUCGCUAUGAACGGACAUGCGUGGUGGGCGGUUGUGAAGGGGUUCGCUCCGGUUCGAGUCCUCGCGUAUAUUUUGGGUUUUUUGUUCUAG